GAAAAGUUAGAUUGUGGUAGACGAUGCUUUAAUAUAUUGAGUGUUUUAAGUGUAAAGAAAAAUGUUAUAUUCCAGCCAAAUAAGGGCAAUUCUGAGGAUGUAUGGCAACAUGACAUGUAUGAAGGUGGUGCUGGAGGAGGUAUAAAGCGAGGGAGACCGUCACCAGGUGGCGCUGGUAUUGUAACAGGCUCAGGAAAACUUCACAUCUCAAAUUUAGAUUUCGGUGUCAGUGAAUCCGACAUACAGGAGUUAUUUGCAGAGUUUGGUCCGCUAAGAAAAGCCAGUGUUCACUAUGAUCGAUCUGGUAGAUCUCUGGGGACAGCGGAGGUGAUAUAUGAAAGAAGAGCUGAUGCAGCCAAAGCUUUAAAACAGUAUAAUAAUGUACCUUUGGAUGGUAGACCAAUGAGUAUACAGUUGAUAGGAGCAGAAAGUAUGGCACCUAGCAGUAGAUUAGGAAGAGGUGGUGGCGGCGGUGGCGGUGGUGGUGGUGGUGGACAAAGAUUUAGUGGUGGUAGUGGAGGCGGUCAAAGACGGUCAAAUGGGUUUAGCGGUGGUCGAGGUAGAGGAGGUGGUAGAGGCGGUAGAGGUCGAGGGGGUAGAGGUGGUGGGCGUGGAGGCGGGGCCUCAAAUAAGAAAUCACUAACAGCUGAAGAACUUGAUGCACAAUUAGACGCUUACAAUGCUAAGAUGGACACAGACUGAUGAUAACAGACAUUACAUGUGAUACAGACAUUUCAAAGGGAAUUGAUAUCAGAGGAACAAAGUGAAAAAUUGACAGAAACGAUUGAAUGUGUUCUAAGUUGAUCACAGGACAAGUGCAACAGUUAGGGAAAUACUUCACAUAAGGACUAGAAUGUUGCCAAGAAAACAUUGGGCAUAAUAACAUGUAGAUUAAGAGGUUUUUAUUAAAGAUUUUAUUUUCUGUAAUGUUUUGUUUAAACAUGGUAUAUGUUUUUAAGUGUUUGGUUUUAGAGAAUGGAAGACACCUUAUAACUGUUGCCAUAGAUAUAGAUUAUUCCAGUGUAUUUAUUUUUAUCGAUUUCCAUGUGUUAAAAAUGGACAACAUUUAGACUGCUUUAUUUAUAGUUUGUAAAACAUCUUCUCUUUUAAAUAAUUAUGAGAAGUAUUUAUUUUUGUUAAAAAAAAACUGACUGUUUAAAAUGUGUGUUUAAAUUUGGUCACAUUUUGGGGAAUCCCUUAUUACAUAUGUCUUCUAAUAUGCAGGUAUUUCUCAAGAAUCUGGAACAAUUAUGGUUGAUAGAUUUUGUUUAACUGUUUCACAGUUUAUGGUGUUAUGAUCAGGUACAAUGUAGAAAGCAGAAAUAGGAGUUAGUAUAUAUAUAUAGCAGUAGCUGGUUAGCAAUAUGUCAAAUGUCUCUAUAAAAGCACUUACAUGAUAAAAUGCCAAUUAAUGAAUUGAUCUCCUAUAUGCUAAAGCAUGUGUGAAUGUACUUUGCAGAAGAUGAUAACAAGACCUGCGUAAAGAUAUUUGUGGGACUAAUUUAUUAUUUUAGGGAGAAAUACAUUAUUUAAAAUGGGGUUAAACCUAAAUAAGAAUCGAGCCAAAAUACAGCUCAACAUUUUCUUUUUUAUCUAAAAGAGUAUACAUGCUUGCAAGAACAACACAUUUAAUUGCAAGAAAUUAAGCAUAACUAAAUGUAGUACAUUUCUGAAAAAUGUAAAGAUUUGUAAAAUGUUUGUCAAAGGAUAACAUUUAAAAAACUAAUUGACUGAUUGUGAAAAGCAGACAGUUAUGAAGUAAGUUGUGGUAUGUUUCGUGUAGCUCUGUUGUAUGGAUUACAUUAUAUUGAAAUUAUGAAAAAGCUAUCAUUUAUUUCUUACUCAUAUCAUUUAGUACAUUUAUGACUAUGUAAAAAUCUCAUUAAAAUUCUUAAACAUUUAUUGUACAUUGUGACUUUGUAAAUAAAAAAGAUGAACUUUUA